AUGCCCAUGACACUCGACUACGGCGCUUACCCGCACAUCCUCGAGGCGGUUGUGAAUUAUGCGGACCGCGCCGCCCUUCUAGCCCUCCGCCCAGUCUCAUCGCCUGUCCGAGCCCUCGCCGAAGCACGCCUCUUCCAGCACGUCGCUGUCGCUCUCGACCCGUCGUACGACCCACCAGUCGUCGUACUCGUCGAACCCAUACCGCCUCAUCGCCGCCUCCCCUUCCUGGUACCCAAGCUGCACCAGCACCAGAUCCUGCUUCCUUUUGCCACCGCCACGUGGGAGGCGAGUGUGCGCGCGAUGCGCAUCGUUGAUGUGCACGUGGGCCCCGAGACUGAGGCGCUGCGGCACCUAAUUGCCCUCCUCCCAUCUGAGAGUGUGCGACUCAUGCGCCGACGUGAGCUCGGUGGUCGCCACGAGGCCGAAGACGUCCUCACCAAGCUCCAGGCACCGACUGCCGUUGGCUACCUGGAUUUCCUUGCAAAGUGGCCACCACAGAUGACCAUCACGAGUGCCAACAUGCGUCGAGUCGUCGUUCACGUACCUCUUGAGGCUAUGCGGUAUCCGUGGAUCAUUCGACCUCGUGAGGGUCAUGGAUGCCGUGAGGCCGUCAUCGUCCUCGACGCGCAGCAACCAAACGUCCCGCCUGCCCUGGCGAUCACAGUUGCGCAGUACCUCUACCACCUUGUGCGCAACUUCUUCAACGGUAGCGGUGGGCAAUGGAGUGCUCUGGGGCCCGACGGCGAGCUUGCCGACCCCAAUACCACUGUCACGGUUGUGGGCAUGGAACGCUUCCGCAACGACGUGCCGCGUGCUCUGCGCGAGAUUGCGCGCCUUAUGGGACCAGAUGGCGAGGCCCGUUUGGAGAACCACCUCGUCGGAAUGCGAUAUACCGAGUGGCUUGCACGUGAAGGCGAGGAUGCUGCGCUUGAGCGCCAACCCGAGCUUGUGCCUAUCAACCUACGUGCUGAACCUGCCAAGAUGGCGCACAGGCGAUGCGGCAGGGACGUGCUCAGCAGGGACCUUCUCUCUGCGUGCGGAGUGUCUCUGUAA